UUCACAUUAAACUCAAUCCAAAGAAUCAUUAAAAUCUUCAAGACAAAGAAAACCCAAAGAACUAAGCCUUCGUUUCUUCAAACUAAAACCAAAUCAAACAAAAUCUUUGCUGUCUAAUAAUCUUCUUUGCCUAUAAAAUCACCUAAUAUGUUUCUCUGCUUUCUCACACCACAAAAACAUUACUUUUAUAAACCAAAGAUAAAAACAAAGAGAGUGAGAGAGAAUGGCUGCAACUAGAAUUUACCAAGAAUUUGAGCCUGCAGCUAGAUGGACCUCUGAACCAGACGCUGAGAUCCUUGUCGUUGAUCUUCCAGGAUUCAAGAAAGAACAAAUUAAGUUGGCGGUAACCACAACAAGGAAGCUAAGACUAUCAGGAGAACGUCCAACUGGUGGAAACAAAUGGAUUCGUUUCCGCCACGAAGUUCCCGUUCCUAUGACCGUUGAUAUUGACUCGGUUUCAGCUAUGUUCAAGGAUAGCAAACUAUACAUCCGACAUUCAAAAAUCAAGACAGAAAGCCCUCAGACUAAGCCACCACCACCACCGGUGGUCACGAACCAACAUGAUCAGCAUGAGGCAAAACAAGGCCAGGUUUCUAAAGCAAGAAUGGCCGAGAAGCCGAACGGUGCCAAGACAGAAAGUUCUCAAACUAAGCCACUAUCACCUGUGAAACCACAUGAUCAACAUGAGGCCAAACAAGGCCAGGGUUCUAAGCCAACAACGGUCGAGAAGCCUAGCGAUGGUAAAGCCGAAGAGCUGAAACAUGAUGCAGAGCAAAAAGCAGAUCCUAAAGGACAUUUGAGUUCCAAAGAUGAGGAAAAGGAAAAAGUUGGAGCGAAGUUAUUCGAGAAGUACAAAGAGGCAACUGGAAAUGUGAUAAAGGAAGCUAAGAGCAAAAGACAGUUACUUUGCAAUUUGGCUGCUUCAAUUGCAUUGGUUCUGCUAAUCCUACUCUAUGCUAGAAAUGCAGUACGUUCAUCCCUUGUAUGGAACUCAGAGGAAUGAGUGACCCUUACACAUUUGCUGCUCAUAAUGUAUAUGUUUGCUCAUGAAGAAAAUAAAUAAUAUUUGAUAAUUCCAUUCUACUUGUCUGUUUA